AUGGUCCCCGUCGCAGGCAGCGUCCCGCCGCUCCGUCUGACCCUCUCCAAUCUUCACCGGCUGAGAGGGCUCCCGGUAGCGGUGACUACCGGCCGGCAGGCGGGGGACUGGGCGCGGCACCACGGCGCCAUCGCUGGGAGAAUUCUGAAGCUUUUUGCACUACUUUGCAAACCUUACAGAUCUCCCCGACUAGGGCAAAUACGCGCGCUAACCCAGACGCCUUCACUAAGAGGCUCAAGUUCCGCAGGCAGCUCACACCAGCUCGAAAGCCUGGAAGGGCUCCAACCAGGUUCGGGCGCCUGCAAGCCAGCGCUUUGGCUUAGGUUCUGGCUCCCCAUCUCCGGCCGGAUCCAGUCAGCCCAGGCCAGCACACUGCGGGCUGAGGCCCCGCCCCUUCAGACCUGUCAUCACAGAAGCCGCACGUGGCCGGGGUGGGCCCUCAGGCGACCUGCAGCCGUCACUGUCUCCUCGGCCAUCCACUGGGGCCACCGCCGCCAAUCAAAACCAGCGGUUCCGGGCUGCAGCGCCAGCGCCGGGGUGAAGCCAGCCAGAAAAGGGGCGGGGGGAGGAGAGGCUCCGAGAUGGGUGGGGGCUAGCAGUGGAAGCGAGCCUGGCACCGGUUCUGCCAGCCUGGAAUCCGAGGGGGCGGAUCCUAGUGAAAGGCGGAGACCAGAAGGGGGCGGGGACCAAGGGUGGGGCGGGGACCGGGGUGGGACGAGAGACGAGCAGAGGUUCAAUGUGGAGACGCCAAGAAGACGAGAAGGGGCGGAGCCAGAAAGGGCAGGACCUGAAUUACCGGGGAGGAGCGCCAGGAAUUAA